ACCCACGCCGCUUUGAAUUGUGGGAUUGAAUCCUGAAGCGACAACAAACUGUCUUUGCUGUGGCUCCGGACAGAUCACUGUUAUUUCAGAUAUUCAUGAGCAUUUCCACCGCAGCAGCUCACUGGACAAAGAGAGAUGGAAAAUGUGCAUCUGGCCAUGGAGGAGGACGACAUUUAUUCGGGUUACAACGACUAUAAUCCAACAUUUGACUCCGAGGAGCUGGAGAAUGAUGCGGGCUUCCAGCAGGCAGUGAGGACGAGUCAUGGAAGAAGACCUCCGAUGACUGCCAAAUUUCCUGGCACUGCUAUUGGAGCUCGGCCUUUAGCAUCAUCCUUUGGGUCUCGGGUUCCCAUGGCCUCUUCAAUGGGCAGACCCAUGACCGGAGCUGUGCAGGAUGGAGCAGCCCGGCCAAUGACUGCUGUCAGAGCAGCAGGUUACACCUCCUCACUGACCCGUGGCUCCACAUUUGAUCCUCUGGGUCAGUCCAAAGGCCCCGCACCUCCGCUUGAAGCAAAGAAUGAGGACACGCCUGAGGAAAAAAUCAAGAUCCUGGAGAAGAAAGUGAAUGACCUGAUAGAAGAGAGCUGCAUGGCACAGAGCAUUGGAGCCUUACAACUGGCUCUUGAAAAAGCCAAAGAGGCAGGAAGGAAGGAGAGAACCCUGGUGAGACAGAGGGAACAGUCUGGCAAUGCGGACCACAUCAAUUUAGAUCUCACCUACUCUGUUUUGCUCAACCUUGCCAAUCAGUAUGCAAACAAUGAAAUGUACCCAGAGGCCCUAAACAGCUACCAGGUCAUUGUGAAGAACAAGAUGUUCAGUAACGCAGGCCGUCUGAAAGUCAACAUGGCUAACAUCUACGUCAAACAGAAGAACUACCCUAAAGCCAUCAAGUUCUACCGAAUGGCACUGGAUCAGAUCUCCAACGCUCACAAGGAAAUGAGGAUCAAGAUCAUGCAGAAUAUCGGCGUGGUCUUUGUCCGCAUGGGCCAAUACUCAGACGCCAUAACAUCUUUCGAACACAUCAUGAGUGAGAGCCCCAACAUUAAGACGGGAUUCAACCUUAUCCUGUGCUACUAUGCCAUCGGUGAUAGGGAGAGGAUGAAGAAGGCCUUUCAGAAGCUCAUAUCUGUCCCCCUGGGCAUUGAUGAUGAAGACAAGUACAUCCCCUCUAAUGAUGAUACCACCUCAAAUAUGGUCAUCGAGGCUAUUAAGAACGACAAACUUCACCAAAUGGAGAGAGAUCUGAAAGUCCUGGCUGAGAAGUAUAUCAUGACUGCAGCCAAGCUCAUCGCUCCAGCCAUUGAAAAUUCUUUUGCAACUGGAUUUGACUGGUGUGUUGACAUGGUGAAGAGUUCUCAGUAUGUUGAGCUUGCAAAUGAUCUGGAGAUAAACAAAGCCAUCACCUACCUCAGACAGAAGGACUUCAACCAGGCAGUAGAAACUCUGAAGACUUUUGAGAAGAAAGACAGCAGAGUGAAGAGCGCUGCAGCCACCAACCUCUCUUUCCUCUACUUCCUGGAGAAGGACUAUGACCAGGCUGAUCGAUAUGCUGACCUCGCCAUGAACGCUGAUCGCUACAACCCGGCAGCACUUAUCAACAAAGGCAACACGGUAUUCGUCAAGCAAGACUAUGAAAAGGCUGCAGAGUUUUACAAAGAAGCACUGAGGAAUGAUUCGUCCUGCACUGAGGCUCUCUACAACCUGGGUCUAACCUAUAAGAAACUGAAUCGUCUGGAGGAGGCUCUUGACUGCUUUCUGAAGCUCCAUGCCAUUCUGAGGAACAGUGCCCAAGUCAUGUACCAGCUGGCCAACCUCUAUGAGCUUUUGGAAGAUCCACAGCAGGCCAUCGAGUGGCUGAUGCAAGUCAUCAGUGUAACUCCCACCGACCCCCAGGUACUGGCCAAACUGGGAGAGCUGUAUGAUGGAGAGGGGGACAAGUCCCAGGCUUUCCAGCACUACUAUGAGUCCUUCAGGUACUACCCCUCCAACAUCGACGUGAUUGAGUGGCUCGGGGCUUAUUAUAUCGAGACGCAGUUCUGUGAGAAGGCCAUUCAGUACUUUGAAAGAGCCACACUCAUACAACCGACACAGGUGAAGUGGCAGCUAAUGGUUGCAAGCUGCUACAGAAGAAGUGGAAACUACCAGAAAGCUCUGGAAACUUAUAAGGACAUCCACCGCAAGUUUCCAGAAAAUAUUGAAUGCCUGCGUUUCUUGGUGAGGCUGUGCACAGACAUGGGUUUGAAGGAAGUCCAAGAAUAUGCCACCAAGCUGAAGAAGGUGGAGAAGAUGAAGGAGAUCAGAGAACAGAGGGUGAAGUCAGGACGGGAAGGCAGCGCCAGAGGUCGGAGAGAAGGCAGAGAGGGCAGCGCCGGGAGUGCGGAGACGGAUGUUAAAGCAGUAUCUCAGUCUGAGUCUAAACAACUCAGUCCCCCGUUGGACUCAGGCAGAGAUAGCAGCCACAGCAGCAACAGCACUAAAGGAGAGCGACUGAGCGCCAAGAUGAGGUCACUUCCUGGUUCCAAUGAGCCCUACGAGGCCAGCAGCCCGAAAGAAAUAGAUGCAUCCUACGUGGAUCCACUGGGCCCUCAGAUGGAGAGGCCAAAGACGGGAUUGAAGAGGCGGGUGGAGGACGACAACUUUGCAGACGAAGAGCUGGGAGACGACCUGCUGCCGGAGUAGCUGCUUCCACCCUCUGCCUUCAUCGCACUGUUCAGAACAUUUGCUCUUGUCACCUUUUUGAAAUGCCUUUACAAGUUUCACCACAAAACCAAUGAUUCAUUUUCAUGGGAAUUAAGGAGUGUCCAGGAACUUUUCCAGGGUCGAGAAACAGGCCGCAACAUGUAAUGUCGGCAAUGUACGUUCACCAAAAGUGCUUGUUUUUUACCAGUGACGGGCUCAGAUUGUUAUCUGAAGACAUCAUGGGAAGGAGCCAACACAGAUAACUUCUGUGAAAGAGUAGGAUGGUUUUUGUUUAACCUGAAACAGCCGUUAAAUCCCUCUGUUUUUUUAUGUAGUCUGGUGGCUUUGAAUAGUCAUUUUAUGUUGCAGAUCGGAUGAGUUGUUGCUGCCUUGAUCAGUUGGUUUGUUUUUGUCACUUGGCAUUUUGGUGUUUUACCAUGUUAGCUCAGAACCCAAAUAAAACAAGUGUUUACAUUCCUCUCCGAUGGAGUGUGCAGAAAUUAUAGACGUACUUUUUGGACAUGCUGUUCCUCCCAAAGGUACACGAGCCUACGAGUUCUUCAUGUUUACCCAAUAUGGAUGUGAAUGUCUAAAACUACCUUUAAAACUGAAAGUCUGCACUUUAGCCUCAGUGUCACCUUUUCAUUUUAAAUCCAGCGUUGGGACACUAAAGAAACAUCAUUGUUCUAAUAUUUUUAACUCCACUGUGUGUUCUAUGCGAGAGCCUGAGAACCUUCUGGAAAAUCCAUCAGGACCAUAAAGCAAACGUGUAAUCCAUCCAUGUCAGGGCGUGUUUCGUUAUCUUUUAACAGAAAUGUUUCUCUGUAAUGUCAUAUUUAUUGUUUGUUUGUUCAUUCUAUUAAAAGAGAAAAUAUUUGAUCUAUUCUA